GGCAAUCAACUUCCGCUAUCAUAACAAGAGUUUAGUGAAUGAUUCAUAAGCGUAACUUACGAAUGCAGACAACUGCACUUAACAUCUGUUGGAAUGUUUUGUCAUAUAAAAGCAAUGAUGGCCUACUGAAUGACCUUUAACCGAAUACCAAGAACCAGCAACCACCGAGUGUGAAAAAUCAAUUCAAGUUCAAAUAAAGACUUACAAUGUGAAAAAUAUAUUCAAACAAAAUGAACUUUAACAAAGUAUUUGUUUUUCUUGCUCUUUUCAUCGCCGUCUUUGCUGGACAAACUGAAGGAGGCUGGCUUAAGAAGGUCGGCAAAAAAAUUGAGCGCGUUGGUCAACAUACCCGAGAUGCUACCAUUCAGACCAUCGCUGUGGCACAACAGGCCGCCAAUGUUGCUGCGAUUCUGAAGGGGCAGGACGAUUCUGCAUAUAGGAAAUACCUACAAUUUAAUUUUAAUUUACCACAGACGUGCAAGUCCAACCCGAAGUACUAA